AUGGCACAAUACGACUAUUGGCCGCGAUAUGGGUUAGAUAACUAUAGCAUGGUACGUUAUGUGAUUUUAAUUUGAACCGGAUUUUUUUGCGCAAAGAUCGUGGAAAAUUAAUAUCUACGAUGUGGUUUUUUGCGUCAUAAAUCAUGGAAUUCGGGUUUGGUUUGAAACUUUUUUCUCCCCUAUUUCAGAAAAAAUAACUUUAGAUAAGAUAGAGAUCUGAUUGAUCGAGAAGAGAAAAGAAUCAAAAUAUACUUUUAAAACAACUUCAUUGGGGCGACUUGGAAAAAAAUCAAAAGGAAUUUAUUCUUAUAGAUUCUUCCAUUCGAAAAAUCAUUCAAUCCACGGGAAUCGACAGAGUUCAUGCAACGAAAUUGGCAACAUUCAAUUACAGCUUCAGUUAUCUAUGUUGCGGUUAUUUUCGGUGGAAAAAAAGUGCGUAAAAAAUCAAGGUUUUCUUGGGGAAUUUAUGAAAAUUUCCCAUGUGCAAAAUAUCCAAUACUGAAAAAAAUUAUAGGGUGGAAAUUCUAGGAAUUUCGGACUCGCUGAUCACACUUGUAUUAGAAGUUGAGUUGUGCAAUUCUAGACAACGAGAACGUGAUCAGCGGGUCCAAAAUUACUAAAUAAUGGAUACUUCAUUUAAUAUUUGGAUUUUAAGUUGAAACAAUUUACUUCUGAAAAUUGUUUAAAAAACACCGAUGUUCAGAACGACGUUCGAAAUCCCUCCCUCCCUCACAAAAAUCAUCAUUGUUCUUUCAGUUCAUGGAAAACCGUAAACCAUUCGCUCUCGAUACGCCUUUAUUCCUGUGGAAUUCGGCGUUGGCCAUUUUCUCAAUUCUUGGAUUUGUCCGAAUGACACCUGAAUGGGUUUGGAGUUGGGCCGCACCUGAGUUGGUUUUCAUUUCAUUUAUUUUUUUGCGAAAACUCAAAUUUUCAUUCGAAACUUGUCUUUGGAAAAAUUUGUAGUUUGAUUUUAUAUUCUUAAUUUUAUUAACAAUUGAUCUUCGGAUUUUAAUGCGAAAAAACAUGUUUCCGAUGAGAAAACGCAUGUUAAUUAAUUAAUAAAAGAAAGAUAAAUAAGGUCUAGAUUUUUUUCGAAUAAAACGUGGCAAUUAAAAAAAUAAAAUUGAAAUCAGAAUUCUUUUUUAAAAAUGAAAAAAACCGGAUUUUCUUCAGAAACUCAUUCAAAUACUCGAUAUGCACUGCUUCAUUUGCUCAAGGUGUCACUGGUUUUUGGACCGAACAAUUCGCACUUUCCAAAGUUUUCGAGCUCAUUGACACAGUUUUUAUUGUGCUCCGAAAGCGUCCACUCAUCUUCCUUCAUUGGUAUCAUCAUGUCACUGUUACUAUUUAUACUUGGCACGCUUAUAAGGAUCAUACCGCAUCGGGUAUGUAAUAUCGAAUUAUUGGAGAAAAAUUGGGAAAAUUUUCGCGCAUAAAAAGUUAUGACGUGUUUUUUGAAAAGUGAAUUUUUUUCAAAGAAUAAGAAGUGGAAUUUCAAUAUUUCGAUCUGAAAAAAAAAUUCAGAAAAAUGUUUCUUGUUACACUAUAAUUAUUGCCAGCAACAUAUUGGCACUGAAAAAUGUUGUGAUAGAAUAAUUUCACAUCUAUUUUGAAACGUAUGUUUUAGCGGAAAUUAGAUAAAAUGAGAAUUUAAAAAAUUUGUUUCUAAACUAAAUUAGAAGUGUUUUCUAAAUUCUCAAAUCAGUUUGUUUAUUUUUUCAGGUCGCUGGUUCAUUUGGAUGAAUUAUGGUGUUCACGCAGUAAUGUAUUCAUAUUAUGCUCUUCGAGCUCGCGGAAUUCGUCUUCCAAAACCACUUGCAAUGGUUAUUACAAUUCUCCAAAUUGCUCAAAUGGUUAUGGGUGUUUUGAUUGGUGGAUUUGUUUAUCGAUUGAAAUCGGCUGGUGAAGCUUGUCAACAAACUUGGGAAAAUCUGUUUUUGUGUUUCGGAAUCUAUUUCUCAUUCUUCUUGCUUUUCUGCAACUUUUUCUAUCAUGCUUAUGUGAAGAAAAAUAAUCGAUAUGUUAAAGAGAAAAAGAAGAUUGAUGAGGUUAGUUAUUAUUGGAUUUUAAAGGGUUGGUGCUUUCCUGGUGAAAAAAUCGUCUGCAAAAAGGCGUCACCGUGUUAUUUUCAAAGUUGUGUGCAAACACACACACAAAAAUUCAAAAACAAGUUGUGCGCUAGAGCGCAUUUACAUGCUUUAUUUCGUAGGUUUUAACUCGCUUGUGUUUUUGAGGAAAAACAUGGGCUGAAUUGAUACUAGAAUUUUUUCUAAAACUGGAACCUUCCAGGAGCACCUUAUUCUUAUCUAAACCAAGCAAGAUUCCUUGGCGGAGGACCAACCCUUUAAGUACUAGUUAUUACGUGGCAAAACUUAAAAAUAUUCCCUGCAAACCCCUGAAAAUUCGCAAUUCUAAAGAAUUGGUAAAUUUCAAAAUUUGUACUUUUUGUAAAGAAAGUGACGAAUUUUAUAUUUCAAAAAGAAUUCAAAACAAUUUUUUGUUAUAAAAAAAUUGGGAACCAUAUUUGGAAAUAUAUUUUUUGAGGGGGUCUGAUUUUGUACCACAGAUCAAUGUUAUUUCAAAAAAAAUACAAGUAACUGAACCUUUUUUCCUGAAAAAAAAACAAUAUCCAUAUUCAACUUCCGCAAUUUCCAAAAUCCACCCAAAAAUCAUGUCAAUUAUUUUCCAGCCAAUCGAACAAUUCAUCAAAAAUCAUCCAAAAGAAGACAUCAAUGCGAAUAUUUCGUCAGAAGAUAUAAAUCAAAGUGUAACUACACGAAGUGCUGCAAGAAGAAAAGUACAAAAAGCUGACUAA